UAAACAACAAGAGCUCAGAAAGAGUAGAAGCAAAAUAGGUCUAAAGAUUGCUUGUUUUCUUCUCUUCAUCUCCGGAUUGUAGUUGUCCCUUUCUAUACUUUUCUCUUGGUUCUUUGUGGGUUUCAACUUAAUCUUUCCUCUUGGUUCUUUGUGGGUUGUAUCUGAAGGGCUACAAAGGAGAUUUGCUUGCUUUGAAGAAAGAGAGAGAGAAGCUAUAUUUUGCGUAAAUACAUCUUGAAGAUGGCCGCCGCUUCGUCAUCUGCACCUUUCUUCGGCCGGGCAAGGGAAGAACAUCAAAACCAGAUAAUACAACAGCAUUCUUCAACAGCCACUUCCUCUACAGUUCCAACCACAGGACCUCAAAAGAAGAGAAGAAAUCAACCUGGAACACCAAAUCCAGAUGCAGAAGUGAUAGCACUAUCUCCCAAGACUCUAAUGGCAACAAACAGGUUCAUAUGUGAGGUAUGCAACAAAGGGUUCCAAAGGGAGCAAAACCUACAGCUCCACAGAAGAGGACACAACCUGCCUUGGAAGCUAAAGCAGAAGACUACAAAAGAAGUGAAGAGGAAGGUGUAUCUGUGUCCCGAGCCCACAUGUGUUCACCAUGAUCCUUCUAGGGCUCUUGGUGACCUUACUGGCAUAAAAAAGCACUACUUUAGAAAGCACGGUGAGAAGAAAUGGAAGUGUGAGAAAUGCUCAAAAAGAUAUGCUGUUCAAUCUGAUUGGAAAGCCCAUUCUAAGACUUGCGGUACUAGAGAAUACAGAUGUGACUGUGGCACUCUUUUCUCAAGGCGUGAUAGUUUUAUCACACAUAGAGCUUUUUGUGACGCACUAGCUCAGGAAAGUGCAAGGCAUCCUACCAGCUUAAAUACUAUAGGAAGUCAUCUGUAUGGAAAUAACCACAUGAGCUUAGGCUUCUCUCAAGUGGGUUCCCAAAUUUCCCAUUUACAAGAUCACCACCCAUCUGGUAAUAACAUGUUACGGCUGGGCAGUGCUGGGGCAGCCAAUUUCGAGCAUCUAAUCCCUCCACCUAACCCUCCUUCAAUGCCCAUGAUGCCUCCAUCUGGUUUCUUCAUGGGAGAUGCAAACCAAGGGCCAUUUCCAAACAAAUCUUUACAUGGGCUAAUGCAACUUCCUGAUCUUCAAAGCAACACUAACAACCCCUCCUCGGCUUCCAAUCUGUUUAACUUCGGCUUCUUUUCAAAUAAUAGUAACACAGGCCGUACAAGUAACAAUGACAAUGCCAACACUGGAAGCACAACCACAAACUUAGCGAGUCCCGGAUUGUUAAAUGCUACCCAGUUCAACAACGUCAAUGGUGCUGGCCAAAGGACAUCAGUUUUCCCCACCAACAUGAGUGGUGAUCAUGUUGGAUCGGCUAUGUCUUCCUUUUUCAAUACUUCAAUGCAACAAGAGAACAUCACACCGCAUGUGUCUGCCACUGCAUUGCUUCAAAAAGCGGCUCAGAUGGGUUCAACUACUAGCAGCAACAGUCCAAGUGGUUUACUGAGAAGCUUGGGGAGUUCUUCAACAACUGGUGCUAAAUCUAUUAGGCCACUUGUUUCCACCAACUUUGGCAGCAGUUUCAGCAAUGCAAAUGUAGGUGAAAGCUUAGAAACACACAUGGAAAGUGAAAGCCAACUUCAAGGAUUGAUGAAUUCUCUUGCCAAUGGAAGCUCAUCAAUUUUUGGAAAUGAACAGGACAACAGCUACACUGGGUUUGAUAGCUCAAGUUUUAGCAAAGCAGACGAAGGAAAUAUGCAUCAAGGUCUUGCUGGGUCAGAUAAACUGACCUUGGAUUUUUUGGGUGUUGGGGGCAGAGUAAGAAACAUUGGUGGAGGGUUUCCACAAAGACAGCAACAAAAUGGCAUCAAUAAUAUAUAAGCUCCGUUGACCCUGAUAUAUAUAAAGUCAGCACAAGCUUGUCCACCGUUUGCAACGGCAUAAUUACAGUGGACAGCAUUUAAUAAGGAAAAAAAAGGAGAGGCGGUUUAGGUAUGCAUGUAAUAUUUUCUUAAGACUUUAUUUUGCAUCAGGUACGCAUGUAGCAGAUUGAAUAUUCUGUAGAUCUUUUGGCUCCAUUAGGGUUUCCAGCAGCAAAUGUGCACAAGGCUUCGUUAAGCUAGAUUACUGUGUUCUAAUGACCAAUGACUAUGUUUUUUUC